UAGAGUUUUGGGUGGGAGGGUUAGCAUUAGCAUAGGGAGCUAACCAAUCGUAGAGUGUAAUGGCGGCCUCGGUGUUGUUGGGCUCUGCGGACAACACAGGACUCAACUUCACUGUCGGAGGCGGCGGCGGUGGUGGUGCUGGAAACGUUUUAGUCGGUAGUAACAAUGGCCUGGGUCCGACGGGCCCGGUGUCUUUGAACCGUUCUCUGGACCGGGCUCUGGACGAAGCCUCGGCCACCGGGUUUCUAAACCUCAGUGGCAGGAAGCUGAAGGAGUUCCCCCGGAGCGCAGGCAACCAUGACCUGAGCGACACCACCAGGGCCGACCUGUCACGUAACCGCCUGUCAGAACUUCCUGUGGAGGUUUGUCUCUUGGUGUCUCUGGAGAGUUUAAACGUUUAUCAAAACUGUGUGAGAUCGCUACCAGAUCACAUGAUCAACCUCCAGGCCCUCACCUACCUGAACCUGAGUCGGAACCAGCUGUCCGUACUGCCUGUGGUCCUGUGCAGUCUCCCUCUGAAGGUUCUGAUCGCAUGCAACAACAAGCUCGUUGCCCUUCCUGAGGAAGUGGGCCAGCUGAGACACUUGACUGAGCUGGAUGUCAGCUGUAACGAGAUAAGGACGCUGCCUUCGCAGGUCGGCCAGCUGGAGGCGCUGCGAGACCUGAACAUUAGGAGGAACCACCUGGUGACACUUCCUCCAGAGCUGGCCGAUCUUCCCCUUGUGCGACUGGACUUUUCCUGUAACAAAGUGACUUCCAUCCCGCUGUGCUACACACGACUGUCGCAGCUGCAGAGCAUCAUCCUCGACAACAAUCCUCUGCAGACGCCGCCGGCGCAGAUAUGCAUUAAGGGCAAAGUUCACAUAUUCAAGUUCCUCAACCUGGAGGCCAGCAAGACAACCCCUGACCUACCAGAGUACGACCGGCGACAUUUGACUUUCAGCUCCUGUGUUGAGGAACUAUACCCUGGUCGACCAUAUGGGGCAUUGGAUUCUGGGUUCAACAGUGUUGACAGCGGAGACAAGAGAUGGUCGGGAAACGAGCCUUCAGAGGAGUCAUCUGAGGUAUCGUCGCGUGCGGUGGAGAUUAACAGAGAGUCCAAACGGGUUGCGGCGGGACCACCCCUACUGGCCAACGGAACACAUGAGCUGGAGCAGAUUGACUUCAUUGACAGCGUGGGAGAGGAGGAAGAAGAGGAGCGGCGGGGCGUGGUGGGAGAAGGUGCCAGCCUCAGCUCGCAAUUCAUGGCGUACAUCGAGAGACGCAUCAGCAAGGAGGGUUCUCCGGGGAAAGCCAACAUGUCCAGAGCGGACGACUCCAGACAGCGACAGAGCAGGAAUGUGGUGGACGGUGCCACAGCACCCUCUCGCCACCAGUGUGCUCCUCAGAGGGGCGGCGGCGUGGAGAGGAUGAGGCGCGAGGCUCAGCUUGCCGCUCUGAGGUACGACGAGGAGAGACACAAGAACCGCCCUGUGCAGAAAGACGCCAAGAGUAAAGCGGCUCAGAGUCCAAUCAAGUCCAGUCCAGACAGUAAGAAUGUCUACCCCUGUAGACGCUCCACACACACAGAUGACUCCGCUCUCUUCAUGUGUGGAGCGUCUUUAGAACACGCCACCCCCUGUAUGCUGCAGCAGGGAGAAGACAGAGCCAAUCUGUCCCCAACAGCCAAUCCUUCUUACCCCAGCUCGGGGGGCGUGCCCUCCUGUCGGACCACCGGUGUCCGACCAGAGAGCUUCCUAUAUCGCCUCAGCCAGAGAGAAGAGAAGAGGAGAGGGGAUGCGCCCGCUGCUCCUCAUCACCAGGAGGAGGCGCCAUCGGUGCCUGCGGCGCUCGGACAUGAUGCUGAGCUAGUAGAGCAGCUUCGGAAGAAUAUCGAGGCCCGCCUCAAGGUGUCGUUGCCUAGCGAUCUGGGUCCGGCUCUGACAGACGGCGUGGUGUUGUGUCACCUGGCCAAUCACGUGCGACCGCGCUCUGUCCCCAGCAUCCACGUUCCCUCUCCUGCUGUGCCUAAGCUCACCAUGGCCAAAUGUCGACGAAACGUAGAGAACUUCCUGGAGGCGUGUCGCAGAAUGGGCGUUCCUCAGAGUCAAUUGUGUCUCCCUCUUCACAUCCUGGAGGAACAAGGGCUCCCCCAGGUGGCCGCCACCGUCAGCGCACUGCUGGACCUGGCCCCACCCAGAAACGCCGUUGCCACGACGAUGUCCUCGGCUGCAGCCGGAGCUUCCGUCAUCAUGUAGUGGCCGCACAUGCUCGAUGCACACUCCGGUCAGGUUUCCAGCGUGAUGCGAUCUGGAGCCAAUGGAGACCAGGACGCAAGUGUUUACACACGCGUUAGCAAUGCACAACACCAGCAACAAGGAAGGUUACAGAGGUUUCUGUGUAUAUAUUGUUUUUAUUUAACUUAACAGGCAAGUUCAGAACUUGCGUGCGUUGUUCACACUAAACGUCAUCCCGCAUGAAAAUGACUUUUAACGUCAAGCUGUUGGACUAAGCUAACCUAGCAACAGCUAAUAAUAGUAAACACAUGCUCGUCGGUGACCCGAGUCCAGAAUUUUGUCAGCAAGCGAAAAUAGCCUUCAACUUCUAAUUUAUGAUAUAUUAACAAGAAGGCUGCACUACCUGGACUUUUAUUGGUUUUAAGUGAACAUUCAGUCAGUGACGACACAUUAGCUAAAUGUUGAGUCCACUGGAAGAAGGUUGUGUGCUGUGCUAACCGUGUUAGCCGUCCUUAUGGCUAACAUGUUUGUGUAAAAACUUGGCCCUCUUGCUCUUUCGUCCCCAUCACAUUGGAAAUGUCAAGUGACACAUGCUUGACUCUCCAACAGAACAACAGACCAAAAAUUGUCUCUUCUGUCAUCUUUAUGCCGCACCUCUUUUUUCAUAUUCAUUGCUAAUAUUUCCCAGUGACCCCCUCGUGCGAUCACAUACAGACCUUUGUCAGCCAAGCGACAAAUAUGAAAUGUCGGCGACUGUUUGGCGCGAACAUUUGGACAGGAAGUGCCUCUUUGGUGGUGUUGCCCUUUGACCUUGAGCGGGUGGCUGCGUGCGCCCAUUUUUUGUAUCUGUGUACAAACAUAUUGUGUAAAUAGAAAGUGUAUGUAUAUAAUGAGAUUGAACUGCCGUGUUGCCACAGCACAGCAGCACAUUUUCCAGAGGCGGACACGGUCCCCGAUGAGAGGUCAAAGUUGAGUUCAUGUCCACAGGCAGCAGUUUUCAUGUAUCACGUUGCACACUAAAGUGUGUGUGUGUGUGUGUGUGUGUUGGUUACCAAGACAACAACCAGGCUCUCCCUGCACUACUUGUUGAGGUUGGAAAGGAAAUUCCACUUAUUUUUUUUUUGCAUAUCAAAACGUGUUUGACACAUUUUCACUUGUUGGUCUUUUGCUGUAAAAAAAAAUCCACAUCUGUCAAAUAAAUAUUUGAAUUUGAA